GAUAUUCGAGAAUAGCCAGUAAUCGCCCUAAAGCAGGAAAGGAUACGUCACUUUAAAGUACAAAAAUAAUUACAUUCAUUUUCACAUCAUCCUGGGAAAAGCUUUCUUUAGUAUCCUUUUAUUAUGUCUGUGUGGUAGUAGUUCGGUGAAGAUCUCGUUUUUCUGUCCUAUGAUUCUUUUGGAACCCUAGUAUCUUUUCGUUGAAUAUUCACGGCUGAUAAUUUUCUGUAAUGUUUUAGCAGUGAUAUAAAAUCUUUCAAGCUUUACUGCUAGACGGAUAAAAACUCCUGUACGCGGACUGUUGCAGAUAUAAGCGGCGGUGCGAGGAAACAGGUGUUUUGCAAGACAUUUCGGUUCUUUUGUGUGGAUAAUUAGAAAAAUCCUCCUUGAAAUGAAAUAAUAGAUUCUUUUUCUGGUCAUAUAUGCGUGGAAUGGUCUCCAGAGACUGCAUAUUUACAAUGCAUAGAGCAUCCGAGCUUGACUUUAUCGUAAUAAAACAAUCGACUCGAUAUAUUUGCAUUGAAUACGGCUCAUGGAUAAUGCGACGUUUGAACUUAACCUCAGAAACUCACGCAAAAAGUCGGGUAAGUUUGUAUUUCUUCCACGCUAACAAACUUUUAUCUCGUCUAGAUGAAGGGUGAUUUUGCUCAUUUUUUUUUUAAAGGUUAGAUGUUGAAGUGCAAUAGUUAGCUAUAGUUUAAGGUCAAAAUGUGUUUACGACUUCAAUCGCCAAUAUGCAUGUGUUUGAUUUUCCAAAUAAAUUAUAUAUAAUGUAUUAUGUAUGCGGUGUUUCAAAACAAUUUUUUUAUAACUAAAGCUCAUUCUAUUGUACUCUAUUGUGUGCAGACAGAACAAAUGGAGUGGAAAGGUAUUUUGGUAUGACACUAAUUCUUUCUCUUCAUCUGCAUUUAGAAAGUGGGCGCGACGAAUAGCAGGUUGCUUCAAGAGUUGGUUAUAAGUGGCCAUUUUUAGGACUUUAGACGGUAACAAGUCAUGAGAACUUCAGCAAUUCUUCGAGCAUGCUGUGGAGCUACAAUGCUUCGAGCACCUUUUCGAGUUUUAGGCGUAUCGCACUGUAAGGAGUCCCUGGAAAUAACUUGGCAAGAUGGCGCCGUCAGCCAGUUUCCCAGUGCUUGGCUGAGAAAUUCUGUAAGGGAUGAUAUCAUCUUUGACACCCAAACCUUUAUCUACAAUCAGCGGAGUUUUGCGGAUUUCUCGGCAAAAGAGUCUCCCAUCAUCUCGGCGAGUUACAAACAGGAAAGCGAUGACGUGUCAGUUGAAUGGCCUGAUCACAGCACUGUCUUCAACGCAUCCUGGUUGCGCGCAAGAGAUUCUACCAACGCAAACCAUCUGACGAACGGAAAGGACUUGGAGCUGUGGGAUGCGAGCAAUAAACUUGACAUCACAUAUGAUUUUGCCGAGAGGAAAGGAAAGCUUUCUUCAUGGAUGAACGACCUAAGGAAGUAUGGGAUCGCGUUCUUCAAAGAUGUACCUGCGAAUGAUACCGGACUCAGAGACCUGUUGGAGAGCAUCGGCCAAGUGAUGCAGAGAACACAUCCAACCAACCACCUCACAAUCUCAGUAGACCCCCAGAAAAUUGCUGAAUCUGACUUGCACAUCUACUCACCUGACAAGCACCCUGUUCACAUGGAUACGAGCUAUUACAGCGCGCCCGCUAGACUCACAGGCCUGCUCGCGACCGAAUACAACGCUCCAGUUGAGGAUACAGUCAACUACUAUGUGGACUCUCUUAAGGUCAUAGAGGACAUUCGCAAAGAGGAGCCUGAAGCUUACGAGCUUUUAAAAUCCGUGCCCGCACGCUUUGCAAGGAGACGUAUGACGGUCCAGGAACCGGUAGAACCAGAACGAGUCCCAGCCUUCCAUUUUGAGACGCUCGUCAAAACGCCAUUCAUUGGAUAUGACGAGGGGGAAGACCGUCCGAUGCUGCGCUUUAGCAACAAGCAGUGUGGAAUCGACCCGGACGCCACCAAGGAUCCUCAGACCAUGAGGCGAUUCUUUGAGGCGGUCAAACUCCUGGAGACAAAGUUGACUGAUCCUGAGAAUCAUCAGCAGCUCGUUUUGAGGCAGGGCUGGUGCGCCGUGUUCAACAAUUGGCGCGUCUGCCACGGCCGGAGUGCCGUCCACCCCACGACUCGACGCACUCUUAUGCUGUCAUUCAUAAGCGAUAUCACGUGGAAAACACGAUGGAGGAUCCUACUGGGGGAGACGGCGGGCCUGGAUCCGAAGUGGCUGUACGGAUGCUCGGAAAAGGAGCUAGAAAUACUUGCUAAUCGAUUUGAAAAAUGAAUUGUUUCUGAUGCUGAACAAUAAAUAAAUAAUAGUGAUUACUUUGAUUAA